UGAAAUAAACUAUUUUGUUCAGGCACAUCCGCGGCCACCUAUGUUUACGAUAAUUUCCCAGCAUUCCUUUCUCACUUCCUUUUCCUCCAUUUUUCUCCUCACAGUAAAGGUGGGACUCACCUGGAGAAGUUUGACAAUGCCUGGAAGACUGUGGAGUAAGGCCAUCUUUACUGGCUACAAGCGUGGCCUGAGGAACCAGCGUGAGCACACGGCCCUGCUGAAGCUGGAGGGGUGCUACACCAGAGACGAAGUUGACUUCUACCUGGGAAAACGCUGUGCUUACGUCUACAAGGCCAAGAAGAACACAGUGACGCCGGGCGGGAAACCCAACAAGACCCGAGUGAUCUGGGGGAAGGUGACCAGAGCCCACGGCAACAGCGGGAUGGUCCGAGCCAAGUUCAGCAGCAACCUGCCGGCCAAAGCCAUCGGACACCGAAUCAGAGUGAUGCUGUAUCCUUCUCGGGUGUGAAGAGGAAACAUCUGCAGCUGUUGAUGUUCUUGUUUGUACAGAAACAAUAAACUGAUCAACCCAAA